CGAUUUACAGCGAUGCGUUAACGUCUAGUCUCUGAUGCCUAGAUUAGAGUUUUCGGAAAUAGGUUCGGCCGAUGCGCGCGAGUGAAUGGCAAGCCCACCGCUUUUGCCAAGAUUUCGCGCUAGGGCCAUCCGAACUUUUUCUGCCCUUUGAAUUAUCAACUUCUGGGCAUCGAUUUGCGCGCGCCUUGUCAGUUGCGGGCUUCUUCCGAAGCAAUGGCACCUCAAGUUGAAGACGACUUUGUGUUCACAAUAUCCGAUCAUGACGACGUAUCCGACGACGGCGGCUUCGAAGACGCUGCGGCAGAACCGCCGAAGCUCUCUGGGCGGGGGAAGAAAAGAAAGUACAUGGAGGAUCCCGAUCUGAAUGUCAAGCCGAAGGAUGUACCUACAGAGAAAGCGAAGAAGGGCAAGAAGGGAAAGCAGACAGCGUCUGAGCUAUACGACGAGGAGGACGAAGAAGAGGCAAAAAUCGCCGAGCCGGGAGAGGAUAUAGAGGAGAAUGACGAUAUUGCGAGCGAUUUCGAAUUUGCCGUAGGGGAUAUAGAUACCGGGUUUGUGGAAGAGUUCGAUGGGUGGGGGAUCGAGAAGGCGACACAGGCGCAGGAGAGGAAUGCUGAGCGGAAAGGCACUGCUGUGGAUGUUGAUGAUAUUAUUGAGCGGAGGAGGACUAAGAAGAAGCAGGCAAAUGCUGUUGAAGAGAUGGAAGUUGAUGAGCUCAAAGAGGAUAGUGAAGAUGGUGAAGCUGAAUUUGAAGGUUUCGGCGAUGACGACGAGCUGCUCGCCGAGGAUGGCUUCGGCAUGGGUGCUGGAAGCGAUGAAGAUGAAGAUGAGGAGGGUUCAGAUGCUCAAGGCAGCCAGGAUGAGCGAGGAGCGGAAGCCGAACAGGAUGAUAACGAAGACUCGGACAAUGACUCUGUGGCUGCACCCGUAGCGCACCCGAUGGAUCUUGAAGCCGCCGACUCGGAAGAUGAGAGCGCGCAAGACGAUGCAGCUGAAGCAAAGAAGGCAGCUGAAUUCUUUGCACCUGAGGAAGGUGUUUCGGGCAAGAAGAAAAAAGGCGCGAAGUCCACAGGGACAUUCCAGGCAAUGUCUCUUUCUCGACCGAUUCUCAGGGGUCUUGCCUCUGUGGGUUUCACAGAGCCAACGCCGAUCCAGUCGAAGACUGUCCCGAUUGCGCUGCAAGGCAAAGACGUCGUUGGAGGGGCUGUCACUGGUUCCGGUAAAACAGCUGCCUUUCUCAUCCCCAUCAUGGAACGUCUCCUAUACCGACCGAAGAAAAUUCCCACCACUCGUGUCGCUAUCCUUAUGCCAACGCGUGAGUUGGCUGUCCAGUGCUUCAACGUCGCCAAGAAGCUCGCUGCCUUUACCGACAUUACCUUUGUGCAACUGGCGGGUGGCUUCUCAUUGCGCGAGCAAGAAGCUGUCCUCAAAACGAAGCCCGAUGUUGUCAUUGCAACCCCGGGUCGGUUCAUCGAUCACAUGCAGAAUUCGGCUGGCUUUCAAGUGGAGAAUCUCGAGAUUCUUGUUCUCGAUGAAGCUGAUCGUAUGCUCGAGGAAGGUUUUGAGAGCCAGCUGAACGAAAUUCUGACCACCAUUCCCAAAUCACGGCAGACGAUGCUCUUUUCCGCAACGAUGACUACCUCUGUCGACAAGCUUAUUACAUUAGGAAUGAGCAGGCCCGUGCGACUUAUGGUGGACGCGAAGAAGCAGACCGUCGCCGGCCUGACGCAGGAAUUUGUACGUUUGAGGCACGGCAAGGAAGACAAGCGAUUGGCAUAUCUGAUGUACAUUUGCAACAAGAUAUACACGGACAGAGUCAUCAUAUUCUUCCGGCAGAAGAAGGAGGCGCAUAGGGUGAGGGUAAUAUUCGGUCUUUGUGGGUUGAAGGCGAGUGAACUACACGGUAAUAUGAGCCAAGAGCAGCGUAUCCAAAGCGUGGAAGCAUUCCGCUCUGGGAAAUCGGCUUUUCUACUUGCUACGGAUGUCGCCUCCCGUGGCCUCGAUAUCAAGAACGUAUCCACUGUAAUCAACUACGAAGCACCUCAAACCCACGAGAUCUACCUUCACCGUGUCGGUCGUACGGCGCGUGCCGGACGAAUUGGCCGAUCGUGCACGAUCGCUGCGGACCCUGACCGAAAGGUCGUCAAGCAAGCUGUGAGAGCCGCGCGAGAGCAGGGAGCAAAAGUCGUCAGCCGACAAGUUCCUCCCGAGGAAGCGGGAGAAUGGACGAAGAAGUUACAGGACCUAGAAGACGAGCUCGAAGAGGUUCUGCAAGAAGAGAAAGAGGAGCGUGCGCUGAGCAUCACGGAGCGUGACCUAAAGCGCGGUGAGAAUCUCAUUGUCCAUGAGGACGAAAUCAAGUCCCGGCCCAAGCGCACGUGGUUCGAAACUGAGAAGGACAAGAAGGCAGCGAAGGAGAGAGGAGCUGCGGAGCUGAAUGGGCCUAUUGAGAAGAAAGGCAAAAAGAAGCUCAGCGGCAAGGACAGGAAAAAGCUCGAGCUGCGGGAUGUGCAGACAGAAGGGAGGGUGUGGAAAAAGGGCAAAGCGGAUCGGGGGAUGAAGGUGCUUCCCAAGGGGAAGGAUGGGAAGGCAAAGAACAAGCCCAAGAAGGGUGGGAAGGCGACGAGGCGAUGAGCGUGAUGGACUUGCGUGGAGUAGCCUCGGGAGUCGUUACCGCCAGAGCAGCAACGUAUGAGUGCUGUCUCCGUGUCCAUAGCUCAAUCUCGGUCUCACCCACUUAGCACGGAUAUCAUGUCAAUCUUGUCAAUGGAACGUUCGUGGAC